AUGGUUAAUAACUGUAACAAUAACAACUGCAAUAAUAAUAACUGCAACAACAACAAUAAUAAUAACUGCAAUAGCACAGGGUCUGCUGGUAUGAGCAGCCCAUGUCCACCUGGUGACUGCACAAAAGUCUGCACAAAUGACCCGCAGAAUCAAGCAGUCCAGGGCCAGGAGCAAAUGAACUAUAAGAUGUGUUUGCCAAAGGACAUUUCCCCUAGUGAUGUGAAAAUAACGGAAAUUAAACGAGGAGAGGGUGGAGAAGUAAAAAUACAAUAUAAAAAAGAGAAGAAAGUAGACGAAGACUCCUAUAAGGAAUGCAGCCAAGAAGAAGGAUGUGUCUGUUUUACAAUUAAUCCUAACAGAAGGAUUAAGUCCGUAAAAAUAGAAAAUGGCAAGAUAGAAGUAGAUUUAGAAGAAGGAAAAGCAUCAGACAGGGAAAUUAUUCCAUCUUUACCAGAGCCUGCGAAAUAG